AAAAUACGACUUUUAUCUUUGAAUACCAUAAUGAAUAUAUUAUAAUAAUAUUCAUAAUUGAAAUAUCACAUACUCGGUAAUAUAUAUAUAUAUAUAUAUAUUGUUCGUUUGGAGUCUGAACUGCAAGCUGGGACAUGAUGGGGGGAAAAGCCACGUUUUUAUGUGCAAAGUUCAGAUUUAAAUUCAUGGUCGCUGCAGGUCUGAAAACAGGAAUUAUUACGGAUUGCUGUGUCUUCGCUCAUGUGGCCUCCUGUCCCCCCGCAGAGAUCCCUCACUGCGCCGGCUGUAGUCAACACAUCCUGGACAAGUUCAUCCUGAAGGUGCUGGACCGACACUGGCACUCCAAGUGCCUCAAGUGCGCCGACUGCCAGACUCCGCUGGCGGACAAAUGUUUCUCCCGAGCCGGAAGCGUCUACUGCAAGGACGACUUCUUCAAGCGUUUCGGAACAAAAUGUGCAUCAUGCCAACAGGGGAUCCCUCCGACGCAGGUUGUGCGAAAGGCGCAGGACUUUGUGUAUCACCUGCACUGCUUCGCCUGCAUCAUGUGCAGCCGACAGCUGGCCACCGGGGACGAGUUUUACCUCAUGGAGGACGGGAGGCUGGUGUGCAAGGUGGAUUAUGAGACCGCGAAACAAAACGAUGAUUCAGAGGCGGGGACCAAGCGACCGAGGACCACUAUCACGGCCAAGCAGCUAGAGACCCUCAAAAGUGCCUACAAAAACUCGCCGAAGCCAGCACGCCACGUCAGAGAGCAGCUGUCCUCGGAGACGGGGCUGGACAUGCGAGUAGUGCAGGUGUGGUUCCAGAACCGACGAGCAAAGGAAAAACGCCUGAAGAAAGAUGCGGGUCGACACCGCUGGACCCAGUUUUAUAAAAGUGUCAAACGUAGCCGAGGAGGAACUAAAGUGGAGAAGGAAAGCUCGGCCGACGACGCAGGACUCAGCGACAGUGAACUGAGCUUCAGAGACGACCAGGUGCUGUCAGAUCUCGGCCACACCAACGGGCUUUACGGGAGCGUCGGCGACAUGACCAGCAGCGCGGUGCUGAACGGCGGCUUCUCUGUCGACGCGGCCGGACAACCGUACCACGACAUCCGGGCAGGAAGCCCCUACGGUCUCCCUCAGUCGCCCUCCUCCAUCACAUCAUUGCCCGGCCACACCCCUCUCCUCAAUAACCUGGGCUUCAGCAUGGACAGUCUGGUGGUGCAGGGCGGGCCGGGUGGCGUGGGACAGGCUCUGAGGGCCAUGGCAGGGGGCCCAACCUCAGACCUCUCCACAGGAAGCAGUACGGGAUACCCCGACUUCCCCACCAGCCCCGCCUCAUGGCUGGACGAGAUGGACCAUUCCCAGUUUUGAGUCACAGAAGAUCCGUGUGGGGAUACGGCAAAACAGACUUACGAGGCUUUACUAUUCUUUCUGUCACCCUCCAAGACUGGUAUGUUUUGUGAUUCUGGGUGAAGAGGAGAAGAAAGAGAAGAAGUGUGACUUUACGUCCCUCACAGUUGUAACGGGGAGGCAACGGUGAAGUCCGAACAGAAGCAGUGAAGAACACCUCCAAACCGCUGAAUGUUUAAUCUCUGUAUCAUACAACUUUUGGUAUCACCUGACUUUAUUUUGUUCUUUCACUCUGAGAAUGAGACUGGAUUCCGUUGGAUUAAUGCUCACAGAGGAGCUCAUAUUGUCCCCGAAAAUAAAGCAUCCCUGUCCGACAGCUACGACAAUAGGGCUUCAGUCUAGAUCAAAGUCCCAAUGAGACCCGAGAGGCACCUGCAUGCUUCUGAUUCAUAAUGAGUAGGACUGCUGUCUGGCCAUAUCAAAGCCUUUUACAUUGGCAAUGCACUUUACUCUCCUCUUCUUUUUCUACACAUACGGACAGGAAUGCAGAGAGAGGACGAGAGAAAAAGAGGAGAGACAUAUGCACAAGGCAAAAACACAGUGUUUCAUUGGGAGAGGAAUUUACAAGAGCAGUGGCACAAGUGUGAAUUUUGAACCAUGCUGAUGUUUUUUAAUGUAUUGCUGACGCUUACAAGUUAUUAGGAAAGUAGAAGGCCGUUGGUCUGUCUGUCCGUAGGAACCGGAGUCUCCUCUGUUUGAAUGAGGGUGCACAGUUUGCUCCACAGCAGGUCUCUCUUCUAUAUAUUCAUAGGUGCUUGGCUUGUUCUGGUGUGUAAAUGCUGCCUGAGAGGAGAAGCCUGUCAGUAUUAAAGUAUCUGUUUCCAGACUCACCGGGCAUCAAAGCUCAUGUGUUGGAGGACAGUCAAGAAGUUUAGGGUUUGGAGAAAUUCAACUCUGAGCAUUUUAGUAAUACAUCACACAUCUAAAUUAUUAAUUUAUUUUCUUUUGAAUUAACAGAUAGACAAGCAGACGUCCAUUUAUAAGACCGAAUUACGGAUUCCUUUGCAGAUAAUAUUAUUAAAUGAAAUGGUUAUGCAAAUGAGAAACGUUAAAUUGACAUUAAAAACACCAACAAGUAUUCGCAGGAAGGCCGAUGAAACGUCCCUUUGUGUUGGCUCUUCUGUUUCCUCAGUCUGAUCCGGGCUUCUCUUGGUAAUCUACUCAGUCCAGCAGAGCUCUGGCUUUGCCUGCUAUCAACCUACUUACUGACCCCAGAUGUGUUGUCAAUCUGUUCUCCCUCUGCCUGGCCCCCAUGUCACAGGGAUUACCACAGAGCCCCCCACUACCAGGGCUGAUACCCUACUGUCGCUUCAGUGCCGGACUGAUAUGUUUCCGUCAGUUCUGGCAGCAUCAGCCACAUCUUAAAGCCUCCCACGACGAAGAAGAUAGAGGAGGAGGGAUUCUGACUCUCUUGAAAUGCAAAUUAUCUUCUCAUAGCUGGGUUUGACUUGUUGAGCAUGUCAAAACCGGUAGCUAUUUGGAUCUGAAGGCAAGGAUUGCUUAAAAAACACAUCCGUACUCAUAUUUCUGUUUCAUGAAUUGAAGCAAAUAAAUUGAAUCUUAUAUAUGUGGUCACCUUUUUAAAGGAAAAUUGCCAAGUUCUUUUUUUACCAGAGCAUCCUAUUUAAGAGCCAGAAAGCAACUCAACAAACAGAAAGUGAUACCGGUGAAAAAUCUGGUAACACUUUGGAUUACAGCCCGCAAAUUGCAGCAUAAUUAUCUAGUAAAUAUAUGGUAUCAAUAAAGUACUUACUGUUUGGCUGUGCUGGGAUUGAAAUAUAAGUGAAGGGGAAGAUGACAAUAAGUUAGUGAGAAAAUAGGGUUGUUGAUAUUUCAAUGACAUUAAUUGUGGUAUAAUCUAUUUUAAAAUUAUGAUAUACCCAAAUAAAUAACUUGAAAGGGUUUACAAUAUGAGUUGUAGUGUACAUUAUUAUUGUUUCUAGGGAACAAAACAUUAGUUACAGUAUCAUACAUUUCCAUGCCCCCGCCCUAAAGCUAAUUUGGGACCUAUUAUUCCCAGUAUUCUCCCCUUGAUCAUACCAGUAGAGAACCAGUAAAGGUUGUAUCAAUACUUCAUAUGGACAAAUUAUUUUCUGUGUAAUUUGCGGGCUAUAAUACAGAGUGUAAAGUGAAAAUCGUACACAAAAAACAUUACCACUACAGUUCUGUUAAGUCUGUGUUGCCUCAGAAGUUUGAUUUUAAUUGUUGUAAAUUUUGUACAGUUUGAAAUCGUGUUGAUCGUCUUGUUUCAUGAGUGCUAUUUAUUAUUGCCAUGUGUCUUUGAAAAAGAUGUAAAAGAGAGCACUGAAUUUAUUCAUUUAUGCCUUCUGUGUAAUGGUAUGAACCGUGUACAGUCAAAUCUAUAUGAGGAAAAUAAAGCUGAAUUGUCUUUGGGUUA